AUGUUGGGAUGGCUCGCGUCGUUCUCGGGCUACCUGACGCCCGUCUUCCUCGUCCUCUCGCCGCUGCUCUCGUACACGGACCAGGCCAUCUCCAUGUACAAGGCGCGGUCGAGCGCGGGCUUCUCGCUGGACAUUCCCCUAAUCAUGCUCGUGGCGUCGCUGUUUAGGAUAUUCUACUACCCCGGGGCGCACUUCGACAAGGCGCUUCUUGUGCAGUCUUUCGUUAUGGUUUUUAUCCAACUCAUCCUGCUCAAGGUCGCCCUCGACCACCGGCCCGGCCCGUCGUCCAAGGGCGGCGAGGCGGCCGUGCCUUUUGCGAGGGCGCACGACGGCGGCGGCGGCGGGCUGUGGGAGGCCCCGCGGCCGUACCGGUUCUGGCAGUGGAGGUCGGCAAAACCGUACUGGCACUUUGUGCUGUACAUGUUCCUGGGGCUAGCGGCGUGCGAGCUCGUACUCGCACCAGUGCACUGGCUAUAUCCGGCGUACUCGGCGCUGAUAGGGUACACGGGGCUGUCGGUCGAGGCGACGCUACCGCUGCCGCAGAUCUUCUCCAACGCGCGGUCGCGGUCGUGCAAGGGGUUCCGGGUGUCGGUGCUGGCCAGCUGGCUGCUGGGCGACGCCAUGAAGAUGUAUUGGUUCUUCAGCUCGGCCACGCAGAUCCCCUGGGCAUUCAAGAUCUGCGGCAUCUUCCAGGCCGGCUGCGACUCGUUCCUCGGCGUGCAGUACCUCAUGUACGGCAACGGUAGCGGGCCGGCCGUACCCGAGCUCGUAGUCAAAGACCACAAAAUGUCGGACUGGCCGGCCGCCGCCUCGGCAAUGGGAGAAAGCGAGAAGCUGACGAUGCAGAUGGGCGUCCCCCAUGCAACCGGGCGUGAUACCCCGGUUGGCCGGAGGACGUCGCUGGCGGAUAAGAGCACAUGA